AUUUGCGAAUUGUUGUAGCGGGUUUUCAUUUUUGUUUACAAAUGAGUUCGCUAAAUGAACGGAUAACUUUGCAUGUAGAAGUGCGUUUAAGACGUAGCGAACAGCGUCUGAAGGAUGCUAUUCGUGCAGUUUUACCGCAGCUGGAGGCUCAUUUGAAAGCGACAGGCUCUAGAAUUACGAAUGCGGCCGUUAAUGUGCCAGAUUCCGAUCCAGUGCUGCAGAAAGUGGAGAGCAUACUGUUGGAACAGGAAAAUGGCGCCACAGAGAUGGUGAUACCAGAACAACACAAACUCUGCUAUCAUUUCUAUAUGCCACACCGGGCCGAGAUGAGCGCAGGCUUGUUCGAUAGUGGCGGCGGCGAUGGUGAUGGUUUUGAGAGCGUCGUUCCUGCCAACCACUGGUUGCUGCCUGCUACAGAAUUUAUCGGUCUUUGGGAAAACUUGGUCUACGAUGAGGGACUUAAAGAAAAGCUCUUGAAAUUCGCGCUGUCAGCGCUGAGUUUCUCGCAGCAUCAUGUCAAUCCCAAUGUCAUUGCUUGCAACCGUUUAUUGUUGCUGCACGGUCCGCCCGGCACCGGAAAGACCAGUCUGUGCAAGGCACUAGCUCAGAAGUUGGCGAUACGCACGCACAACACCUAUGCUUACACUCAUCUAGUGGACAUCAAUAGCCAUAGCCUGUUCUCUAAAUGGUUCUCAGAAAGUGGCAAACUGGUGGCGCGGCUGUUUGCUAAAAUAAGCGAGCUUGUUGCGGACAAGAAUAAUUUGGUUUGUGUGCUGAUCGAUGAGGUGGAAUCUUUGGCCUAUGCCCGUGAUGCCAUGAGCAGCAAUGAGCCGAGGGAUGCUAUGCGCGUCGUAAAUGCACUGCUCACACAAUUGGAUGAGAUCAAAUCAAAGCCUAAUGUACUUAUCUUGGCCACUUCGAAUCUUGCAAAGACCAUUGACUUGGCCUUCUUGGAUCGUGCUGAUAUACGCCAAUACAUUGGCCUGCCUGCAAUGCCGGCUAUAAAAUUCAUGUACAGGUCAAUGUUGGCUGAACUAAUGUCGGCUGGUAUUUUGAUUCGUGAGGAACUGGAGGCCGAAGAUGCAGAGGAGGGCCUACUUACCAGUCUGGCCGAGAGAAGUGUUGGCCUUAGUGGCCGCACCUUACGCAAGUUGCCCCUGCUGGCUCAUGUAAAAUAUACAAGUAAUGGCACAUUAGAGUCACAUGAGGAAAUAAGCUUGGCGGAUUUCCUGGACGCCAUGCUAUUGGCCCUGGAUCAGCAUUUGCGUGAGAGAAACUAUUUGAGGCAGGAAACAAUAGAGUAAAAUCUCCAACUUUUACUGUGUAAACUUCAAUUUGUUGCAAAAAAAGGAAAACGGUUCCGUUGACUCUUUUUUUUUCUCUCUACUUUGUUUUCUAUUGCACGCCAAGUGGAGAUUUUUCAAUUUUCUGUUCCUUUUACGUGAAAAUCAAGCGUGAAAUCUUGUUAUUUGCUUGCGCACACAAGCACAGAUAUGAAGACAGCUAUUGGCGCACCCUAUAAUACAAAAAACAUUACUUUUAUACCCUAGUAGAUAGGAUAGCUUGGAACUGCUAUUCAAAUAAUGUUUAUUUCAUAAGAAAUGAA